CCUUAAGCAGUAUAGAAGGAAACUCAAAACAGAAAAGAUAUUUAUUGAAGCAGAACACCACAGAAACAACAGAAGUGAUGACUGAAGAAGGAAAGACAUCCAACAGCAUCUCUGUGGUUCACUCUAUACUGAACCGACUGAAGUUUUCUGAGAGACACCAAGGUUCUUCUCAUGUCACAGAUCAACACUGUAGACACUCCAAGAACACAAACCAGUGUGACAGUGUAUUUUUCCCAGAGUCAAAAAAACCGGAGUGGAAUUUUACAGAGUCAAAUCCUUCAAAAUGCUCUGUCAAACCUGAAGGACAGAAUGGUGCUGAUGUAGAUUCAGAAUAUUUCAAGGAAAGGACUGUUUUUCAAGAGUCCAGAACUACUUCAACCACAUUUUUCAAAAGUGAACCACAAUCUAACUUGUUGCAUAAUAUCAGAGAUGCAUGGCAAGAUUUACAGCCCAGUGAAAGUAAUUCCUCAUGGGAAGAAGUCAAACAGGACCAAAUAUCACAAGCUGAGUCCCAUUUCAGCAUUCUGAAGAACAGUCCUCCUCAUGGACCAUUUACUCAUGACCCAACAGACUCAGAACCCAGGUUUGUCAAAGGAACAGCUGUGCCAAUGGAAAUAACGAAGCAACCUUGCAGGGGUGAAAGUACAGAAGCAGAGCCUCCACCCCUCCCUCCUAAACAGUCGAAACUCAAGGCGCAUGCCCAGUUACAAAGGACUUUUACCCUAAAAGAUUUCAAGCUUGACCUCGAGUCCAUCAACUUGCUGGAGGAGAUUUGUACAGGAGAAGAAUGGGCAAAAUUCCUGCCUGUUAAAGAUUCCCCAACCCAAACAGAUGCCAUAGACGACUCACAGACAGAGGAUUCUCAUCAUUCAUAUGAUGAUAUCAGAUCUCAGAAUGCAGUCAUAAAGCCGGACCUAUCAGCAGACAAAGAGCAGUCAGAGAUUGGUUCUAGUCCAGCCAGUCUUACUGACAGUCAGGUGGACAGGGUAAUCCAGGUCACACAAGGAACAUCAGAUUCAGCCAUUUCUGCCCUUCCCAAAACACCAAUAAGAAAUGUUACAGCAACACAAGGGACAUCUGCCGUGCAAGAAUAUGAACAAUUUAAAGGUGAUAAAAAUGACUUUAUGGUCGUAUAUGUGAAUGGUAAAAAUGACUCGACAAAGGUCAAGGACAUGCCACUUGAUUUGUCUGUUGUCAAGUCAUCAGGAGUACUAGACAAUUCUGCUCUGAAGAGUCGAAUCCAACUGAGCAAAAAAAGAAAACAUCGACCACCGGGAAUGAGAAAAAAAGGAAAUAUCAAAAUAGGGUUUCUUCGCCCACGCAGUGCCUCAGAGUCCUCUGAUUCCAGCCAUUCUUCACAUGUUACUGUCAUUGCCUCCUCAAAAUUUUAUACUUCACCAUACUCAGAAUCUAAUGACUCCCAGACACAUGCAGAUUCCCAAAUAGCUGUACUUGGUAAUGAGAAGGCACAAGUAAGAAAUGCUGCAGUACUGCAAAGGAUAUCAGAAGUGCCCGAAUCCUAUCAGAAUGAUGAUAAUAUUGCAGAAGUUUCUGUGCUUUAUAAUAAUGAUCAGCUAUCAAACAAGGCAAAGUUAAUGGAGGUGCCUCUUGAUUUCUCUGUUAUCAAGUCAUCUGGAGUGCUAGACAAUUCUGCUCUGAAGAAUCGAAUCCAGUUGAGCCAAAAAAGAAAACAUCGACCACCGACGAAAAGAAAAAAUGAACAUGCCAAAAUUAGGUUCUCCAGUAUAAGCUUUUUUCGCCAACGCAAUGCCUCCACAGAGUCCUAUCAGUCUCACCCUUCUUUAUAUCCUUCUGUCUUCACCUCCCCUGAAUUUAAUAAUUUACCGAGGUCUUAUGAUUCCAACGAUCCCCAAACACCUCUUCCUGGUAAUGAGAAGCAAAAGGUAAAAGACAAAUUCUUGAAACCAAAGCUAUGGAAGACGAAGACCUAAUUAAUUUCUGGAGAAACAGGGUCAAGCAGGUCCCCAGUAUGCAUAUGGCCUGGAAAGGAACCGAAAUCUACAGCAAUAUAAAUACUGUGCAUAAGAUGCAUAUUUAUAAGCUUUAUUAGUGAAAUACUUUGGCCAAAAUGAAAUGCACGGUGUUCCCAAAUGUAGCUGUUCAGCUAUGACUUGUCUGGUGUAUGAAGUUUGCGUCUUUAAAUUUGUGAAGGAGCAAUUAAGUCUAAUUAGGUUCGUUAGUUGCUAACAAGUAAGUUAAGCUUACAAUCAGUGUUGUAGUCUAGUCACUAAACCUCGAGUCCGAGUCCAGUCUCGAGUCCCCAGUGUUUAAGUCCGAGCCAAGUCCAAGUCUCAUCUCAUCUCAUUAUCUCUAGCCGCUUUAUCCUGUCCAAGUCAUUAAAGAAAAUUUCGAGUCGAGUCCAAUACAAAUGAGACAGCUGUCACACAUGCACACUUUCAAACACAUUGAUAGCUUUGAGUAGUGUGAAGAUGUAUAUCCCAUACAAUAGCCUACAAUACAUUCACAAAAAAGAUGUCUUCUAUGAGUAAUAUUUAGGAAAAGACUGGUUGCACUAAUGUUAAGCAUCCAUGUCAAAAACAUAACACUGUCACAAACAUCUCAUCUCAUUAUCUCUAGCCUCUUUAUCCUGUUCUACAGGGUCGCAGGCAAGCUGGAGCCUAUCCCAGCUGACUACGGGCGAAAGGCGGGGUACACCCUGGACAAGUCGCCAGGUCAUCACAGGGCUGACACUUAUGCCGCUUUUCCACUACAAACGCGGCUGAGCCGUGCCGUGCCGUGCCGAGUCGAGCUGAGUCGGGCUGAGCGGGGCUGUUGGAGUUGCAUUUCGACUACAACCGCGCUGAACCGUGCUGGCUGGAAGUGGGUGGACACAUUGGGUGGAGUUAGCGAAAGUGGGUGGACGUCAUGUGAUGUCGUUAAGCAGCGCAAACAGUGACAUCAGUGACAGUGGCGGAACAAGUCAGAGCCGGGCCGGGGGCGGGGCAAAUGACCGGGCCCUUUAUUAAAGCUUAUCAUAACAUCAUUUUAGGCUACAAAAUGUCCGCAACUGCGGUGUUUACCAAUUUCAACACUACCGGGUGCAACUAUGUUAUUUAGUACAU